AUGUGUUCCGUGUGCGCUCGUUCGCUGCCGAUUAUGCCGUUGUUGCUUUUCGCCAGGCUGCUGCUGCUGCCUGCGGUGCUGCUGCUGCUGCUGCUAUCCUCGGACGCUGCUGGUGAGCGGGGCUGUGGCCGUAACUCAGUGAACGGUUACUGCACCGAGCAGACUCACAUCCCGAGCAUCGAUCCGGAGCGACAGUUCGCGUCACCAGCUUCGCAGCAGAACGGCAAGAACGAGGCAGUUGUGCAAGACAGGGAGAACAGCGAGGGCGAGCAGCAAACAGAAAGCGAAAAAAUGACAAUAUUCGAUGGGGCGAAACGACUGCUAGCACGUACUGCCAAGAGCGCGAUGGCUUGGAUGUCCAGUGCCGACUCGAAUCUUGGCCUGGUCAACAACCUGCAAAAUAAUGGCUUAUUCCGAGACAGUAGAGUGCGUGAUGCAAUGCUAAGCGUGGAUCGAGGCGAUUUCACCGCCGUGACGCCGUACGCUGAUCGUCCGGUUGGGAUCGGCUAUGGCGCUACAAUCAGUGCUCCUCACAUGCACGCCUCUUCGUUGGAGCUACUCAAGGAUCACUUGACGGAGGGCAAAAAGGCGCUGGACGUGGGCUCUGGUUCUGGAUAUCUGACGGCUUGCAUGGCUAUAAUGGUUGGAAAGACGGGCAAAGUUGUUGGUGUGGAACAUAUCCAAGGUUUAGUGGAUGAUUCGAAGGAAAACAUCAAGAAGCACCAUGCAGAUCUGCUGACAAGCAAACGUGUAGUAAUUGUGAAAGGAGAUGGCCUGGAUGAUUCGAAGGAAAACAUCAAGAAGCACCACGCAGAACUACUGACAAGCAAACGUGUAGUAAUUGUGAAAGGUGAUGGCCGUAAAGGCUAUAGGGAAGAGUCACCCUAUGAUGCGAUUCAUGUUGGUGCUGCUGCGGCAACAAUCCCAACCGAGUUGAUCGAUCAGCUUGCUAAAGGCGGGAGGAUGCUGAUCCCAGUUGGCGCAGAGGGUCAAACGCAGCGAUUCGUGCAGGUGGACAAAGAUGCAGAUGGAAAAGUGACCAGGAAAGAUUUGAUGGGAGUAAUUUAUGUGCCUCUGACCGACGAAGAGCGCCAGCUGCAUAACUGA